UUGCAUAUUGCCAUUUGGACAGCGGAUUCGUAGAUCAAUCUCAUUGAUAAGUGAAGAUACCUUAUCAGUGUAAGUCGAGGCGACAUACAUCAAUAAGCCAGUUGUUGCCAACCGUUGAUGAGAAAUGAAGGUGACGCGGGCGGACCUAAGACAAAUUAUGUGGUGUGGUUUGCUGUGGCACUGGGCUCAUUUUGCAUAUUGCCAUUUGGACAGCGGAUUCGUAGAUCAAUCUCAUUGAUAAGUGAAGGACCAUCGUCGAAAAAUAUGCGUACAUUCUCACCAGUACGUACCGAGCGAGCGAGUAGCGAGCAGGCGGGUGUGUCGUCCACGCCACUGUCUUUACGAUCAUUUACAGUUUUCUAAGUAUGAAAGGGUUUUGUUUUUGUUAGGAAGGGAUUUGUGUGAAAGGUGUUUGGUGAAUGGGUGCAGUGACUGUUGCAGUGAGAACGAAGUUAAAAAAAUACGACAGGUGAUUUUGACAUGUUCAUGAAAGUUAUAAUUUUAGGUUUAGUGUAGAAUAGGCAAAUUAGGUUUAGCGUAGAUUAUGUAGUAGGUAGAGUAGAGGUUUAGCUUAGAUUUAGGUACGUAGGCUAUGUUAGGUUAUUUUCAAGAGAGCAUAAAAGCGCUGCAAACUUGUAUCCCUACUGGCUGCUUGGCGUUAUCAUCGCGGUGUCUGUCCAUCGGCCCGCCGCCCGCCGCUCGCUAUCACCGCGGUGCCCUCAGUCCAUCGGCCCGCCGCCCGCCGCCCGCCGCCUGCCGCCCGCCGCUCGCUAUCACCGCGGUAUCAUCUGUCCACCGCCGCGCCGCUCGCCGCUCGCAAUCACCGCUCGCUACUCGCUAUCACCGCGGUGCCCUCAGUCCAUUGGCCCGCCGCCCGCCGCCCGCCGCUCACUAUAACCGCGGUAUCAUCUGUCCACCGCCGCGCCGCUCGCCCCUCGCAAUCACCGCUCGCUACUCGCUAUCACCGCGGUGCCCUCAGUCCAUUGGCCCGCCGCCCGCCGCCCGCCGCUCGCUAUCACCGCGGUAUCAUCUGUCCACCGCCGCGCCGCUCGCCCCUCGCAAUCACCGCUCGCUACUCGCUAUCACCGCGGUGCCCUCAGUCCAUUGGCCCGCCGCCCGCCGCCCGCCGCUCGCUAUCACCGCGGUAUCAUCUGUCCACCGCCGCGCCGCUCGCCCUCGCAAUCACCGCUCGCUACUCGCUAUCACCGCGGUGCCCUCAGUCCAUUGGCCCGCCGCCCGCCGCUCGCUAUCACCGCGGUAUCAUCUGUCCACCGCCGCGCCGCUCGCCGCUCGCAAUCACCGCUCGCUACUCGCUAUCACCGCGGUGCCCUCAGUCCAUUGGCCCGCCGCCCGCCGCCCGCCGCUCACUAUAACCGCGGUAUCAUCUGUCCACCGCCGCGCCGCUCGCCCCUCGCAAUCACCGCUCGCUACUCGCUAUCACCGCGGUGCCCUCAGUCCAUUGGCCCGCCGCCCGCCGCUCGCUAUCACCGCGGUGCCAUCUGUCCAUCGUUCCGCCGAUUGCUAUCACCACGGUGUCAUCUGACCGUUUGUGGUGACUUCAACAGAAAGUGAGAAGUCGAGCGCUGCCUCUACCCGUAUCCCCGUUACAAGUGUUCCGGUGUACAUUAAGAAGUCUCAGAUUUAAAGGCUACAAAUGCCUAGGAUAACAUGUCUAGAGAAACGGUGAACGGAUGCCAGGAAUCUGCUGACCGUAUUCGCCGGCGACACGUCUCGGCCCGCGUAGCUGCUGCGAGGACACAAGCUCUAAACUACAAUUAACCUUCUACCAAAGACUUAUGUAACUCCGUAUAGACCGAUAAAGUCUAAGAAAAAAACGUACUCAAAACCAUACAGAAAAAGGGUCAAUACUGCUGCGUGGAAUGCGGAGGAUCGCAGUAACUCAAGCUGCCCGGCCGCCAGGUACCUAGGGUCAAUACUAAGGCGUGGAAUGAGGAAGAAUCGCAGUAACUCAAGCUGAGCGGUCGCUAGGGUCGCUAGGGUCAAUACUGAGGCGUGGAAUGAGGAAGAAUCGCAGUAACUCAAGCUGAGCGGUCGCUAGGGUCGCUAGGGUCAAUACUGAGGCGUGGAAUGAGGAAGAAUCGCAGUAACUCAAGCUGAGCGGUCGCUAGGCGCAGGCGCUAAACCGAGCUGAGUACGACGCGUGGGUGGCGCCUACCGGCUGCAACUCAACUAAACAGAACCCGUCGCAUGGUAUCGGUCAAUACUGAGGCGUGGAAUGAGGAAGAAUCGCAGUAACUCAAGCUGAGCGGUCGCUAGGGUCGCUAGGCGCAGGCGCUAAACCGAGCUGAGUACGACGCGUGGGUGGCGCCUACCGGCUGCAACUCAACUAAACAGAACCCGUCGCAUGGGUCAAUACUGAGGCGUGGAAUGAGGAAGAAUCGCAGUAACUCAAGCUGAGCGGUCGGUAGGGUCGCUAGGCGCAGGCGCUAAACCGAGCUGAGUACGACGCGUGGGUGGCGCCUACCGGCUGCAACUCAACUAAACAGAACCCGUCGCAUGGGUCAAUACUGAGGCGUGGAAUGAGGAAGAAUCGCAGUAACUCAGCCGAGCGGUCGCUAGGGUCGCUAGAUGCAGUAGAACGAAGAAGUAGCUGGCAACUUGAAUGCAAGUGUGCAUUAGAUGGCGCCACCAUAGCUUUGCCCGGACAAGAGUUUUGCUCUAUGAGAUUUGACUUCUAAUAUUAAAAUACUUGGACCGAUUCAGGGAGAAGAACGCGCUUUAUCAGCACACUCACGCUCCUUUGAAAGCAAAAGCAUAAUAUUAUUGUUAAUGUAUUUUUUUCUAGUAUGUAACUUGUAACGUAAUGUAACGUGUGUUGUCAUGUAACUACUGAAUUUUUGAUUGACAAAUAAGUUAUCAGUUAGUUAGUUGUAUUAGGUAAUUAAUUUAAUUGAAAUUGUGCACACAUGCUCCCGCAAUUUGGCAAUAUCAACAACGUUUAUUAAAGUUUUUCGAAUGCAUAUCGCAAAUGUCAGAAUAUUCUGUUCAUAAAAGUUAUGGAUUGUCAUGCCUUUUUCCAAUGACCCUUAUUUAGGGUAAAGUAACACCAAACAAAGUAUUUGUGAGACAGUUUAACCUUUUGGCCGCCAGAGACUUAAACGGAAAAUCGUGACCACGACGCCACUUUUAUGUUAGCAUAAUUUCUUUACCCAUCCUUAAUUUACCCCCGUGGCGUCAGUGGCACGGUUUUCCGUUGACGUCAUUUGCUGUAUUUGGCGUUCAAAAGGUUAAAAACAUAAAAUUUACCAUAAAUUAAGACCCAUAAAAUUGUAAACAUCUGCGGCGAUUUAUGAUGAUUGUGUUAACUAAACGUAACAUAAGCAUUUGUAAAUGUAAUCAAUUUUAGCAUAUUACUUACCAAAACUCACCUGUGCUAUUCCAUUUCCCUGUUAUCCCCAAUCGUGCUGGUAGCAGCGAAGUGCAAUGCUUUCUACCUUUCCCCAAAAUCUCAGUCCUGCGAGUGCGAGGUGCAAAAUGUAAGUAUUUAUCAAAAAGGGACGGCUGUUUCGCAGGCUAGAUAAUGUUUCCUCCUCUCUUGUACUAGGCCGACUAGUACUCCGAUGCGCCUAUCUCCUCCUUCCUUAUAUCCGUAGCUAGUUAUCAGAAAAAUAAAAAAUAAAUCAUCCGUUUGUUUUUCUUAUGCAACAGGCGUUUAAAGGAGGUCAAAAAAGACAAGUGGCGUGGGUAACAAUUUGAGGCGAAGUAUUUUUUGACUCAGUUAAACACC